UUUUAUUUAUGUUUAUUUUAUCACUUUAUUUCAUCCUCCCAUAAUGUGGGAAAGAAUUAAAUUGAACUAGGUUUGAGAUGACUAGAAGAAAGUUUGAAUCUUUUAUGCAUGCAUGAAUCUUGGUUUUGUAAUUUUUUUUUUAUUUGGUGUAACAAAAAGUAAUUCUAGCAUAAAACUGUGUGUUAUUGUUUACCUCAAAAGAGUAACAAUUGAAUUUGUACACGGUUUAAAGGAUACGUGACUUGAACUUGACAGCAAAGGAAAUAGCUAACGAAUAAGAAUUAACGAAAAAAUAGUAUGAAAAUCAAACAGAGUAAAUGAGCCUGAGUUUUGAGACUGCAAGUCCGGUUCGGAAAAGAUCCUUGCUCGGACUAUGCUCAAUAGGUCCGAUCGGGGGAAAUUCCUUCCCCAAGCUGUUGAACGGACAGUUAAGCGCAAAGAAAGAACAACAAAAUAAUACUGAAAACAAUAAUACAGAAAACAGAAGCUUAAACGGGGAGGAGCUUUUAUUAGCAACUGGAAUGUAUAAGAUGAUUGUGAUGCCCUCUAUAAGUGUCCUACUAGAACUAGGAGACACGAGCCCUCACGUGGGCAAAUGCGGUUCCGAUACAGUCAGACACAUCCGUUAGUGGCGCAAUCUUUGGCGAUAAAUCAGGGGAAGAUAACCUUCUGUUGAUUCGGACUUAUCCUCUUGAACACUAUUCGGGUGCAACUCCUCGGACUCGCUAGCUCGGAUUCAACCACUAUUCCAUUUCACGGACUGUUAUCUAACGGACCCUCGAUGAAAUCCGAGUGAACUUUUUAUCAGUGAUGGCUAUGCAUGAUGACGUAAAUGGGUCGAUUGAAAAAUCAAGCAGUAGCAUGGAUGAGUUGCCAACUUUCCAUGCUGAGAAUAUGCAAAACAACAUGAAAGUCAUUUACUACAGCCGUACAUUCUUGUCAAUCAUCAGUGGUGCCAUAGCUGGGAUACUGGGGUUUACUGGCUUGACGGGAUUCAUUUUUUAUUUCCUUGUUAUGGCGAUUACUUCAGUAGCACUUGCAGCAAAGGCCAGCUUUUCAGUACACUCCUACUUCGACAGCUGGAAUCGCAUUAUCUUUGACGGAUUUCUCGGCGGGCUUAUGUCGUUUGUGCUCUUCUGGACGUAUCCUAAUGUAUUUUCAAGAUCUGUAAGAUUUGCGUAUGACAUGGUGCAUAUAUUCUGAUUUCUGAUGAUCGGGGUGGAAUGACGAGCAUUACUUGCCUUACGCUAUAAUGAAAGCCCUUCUACCUGCAAGUCAGAGAGUUGCUGGAGGCAUUUUCAAGAUUGUUAGUCCACAUCCAUGGUGUUUUCGUUCUAAUAAUUCUUUUGUGAAUUGUUCUGUAAAGAAGCAGUUGACCAAUUUUGUCAAAAAAUCAUCAAUCAAGUGUUGUUAGUGGCUUUUUCUUUUCUUGCAUAUUCAUGGUCAUUAAAGCUCUGGGAAGUUGUAUACUUGUAUAACCUCUUAUUAGCACUGACAACAAUGUUAAAUUGACAUGGAUGACCUUGUAAUCCUAUUUUUCAUCUCGGCUAAAAGCUUUAGUUGUUA